AUGGGCCGCCCCGCCGCCGCUGCCACCGCGCUGCUGUGCCAGCUGGGGCUCUCCGCAGCCAUCCAGUGGCUCGGGCUGGCGGGCAGCGGGGUGGCCUGGAACGAGAGCCAGCACUGCCGGCUGCUGCUGCCGGAGCAGCUGCAGCUCUGCCGCCGGCACCUGGAGCUGAUGCCCAGCAUGGUCCUGGCUGCCCGCCGGACGCAGCAGCUGUGCCAGCAGAGCUUUGCCGACAUGAGGUGGAACUGCUCCUCCAUCCAGCGCGCCCCCAGCUUCGGCCCCGACCUGCUCACAGGAACACGGGAAGCCGCCUUCGUGCACGCCCUGGCAGCGGCGGCCGUGGCGCAGGGCAUCGCCCGCUCCUGCGCCUCCGGAGAAAUCCCGCUGUGCUCCUGCGGCCCCGGCCCCUCCGAGCCCCCCGUGCCCGGCUCCCGCUGGGGCGGCUGCGGCGACAACCUGAGCCACGGCCUCCAGCUCGGAGCCGCCUUCGCCGACGGCUCCGCCAGAGCCGGCACCGGCAGCACGCCCGGGCUCCGGGCCGUGAACCGGCACAACGGGGCCGUGGGACGGGCGGUGCUCAGUGACUCCCUGGAUACCAGGUGCAAAUGCCACGGGGUUUCAGGCUCCUGCUCAGUGAAAACCUGCUGGAAAGGCCUGCCAGACCUGGGUGAAAUUGCCUCUGACCUCAAAUCCAGGUACCUGGCAGCCCUCAAGGUCACCCAUCGGCUCGUGGGGUCCAGGAAGCAGCUGAUCCCCAAGGAGGGGGAUGCCAGGCCAGUGACAGAGAUGGAUCUGGUUUAUCUCAUCAACUCUCCUGACUACUGCACCCCAAACCCCCAGCUGGGCUCUCUGGGGACACAGGACAGGCCGUGCAACAGGAGCUCGGUGGGCAGUGACAGCUGUGACCUGCUGUGCUGUGGCCGUGGCUACAACACCUACACGGAGGAGGUGCAGGAGCGCUGCCACUGCCGCUACCGCUGGUGCUGCUCCGUGGUGUGCAGGCGCUGCCGGCGCCGCCUGGAGAGACACGUCUGCAAAUGAGCAGGGGAACCCACCAGGCA